GCUAUGCUAUAAAUACUCGGAACUAGAGUACACCGUCUUCACAUCAUCCAAAAUCUGAAGUGCCAACACAUUUCAGGAAAAGGUGCAUCUCAUCAGAAGAAAUACACCAUGAUCACUCCUAAGAGGCUAGUUCGACAGGCAAAGAAGUGGCAACAGAUGGCAGCCCUUGGGAAGUGGAGGCUGAUGAUGAUGGGGGCAAUCAAAGAAACAAACAUAUGCGGCGCAUCAGCCAUAGCAGACAAGGGCCACUGCAUCGUCUACACAGCUGGUGGGGAGCGGUUUGAAGUUCCAUUGGCAUAUCUCGGUACAACGGUGUUUGGGGAGCUCCUGAGGAUGUCUGAGGAUGAGUUCGGGUUCAUGAGUGAAGACAGGAUCAUGGUACCUUGUGAUGCAGCAGUGAUGGCAUAUUUGAUGUGCUUGCUUAGAAGAAAGCCCUCGGAAGAGGUGGAGAGGGCAGUUCUUAGAUCUGUAGUAAUGCCACAUAACUGUGAGACUAGGAUCACUGUGUUUUCCAAGGAUCUUGGCCCAUCACUAGCUAUAUUGCUAUAGCUAGUGAGAAGCAGUAUCUUGGUGAUGUUCACUCCUUUUUGGUAAAUCUGCAGAUGUCAUGUGUCAACAGAUGUAGUCGCCCCAGUUAAUAUGUAAAGAAUUGUAAUUCUGCCGCUAGUCCUAUAUCAUAAUAUUGCAACAAGGAGGAUUUGCACAAA